UUGCCCUCUCUCUGAAGUGGGUCGUCUGGGAGCAAAGACGAGAUAUAAAAACUAAAGGGGUGGCGUCCCCGUCACUCUCUGCGGUGAACCGGCGACGUUCAGAUACCUCUGCGACUGCGAUCGAGUGUGUAAAACUCAGGGUUCUAGGAAUGGGAAUAUACUUCGUUGCUUAGUUUCACUUCAAUUUUCUGUAGAGAGCCGCGCUUCGAUUGGAAUUGUUCUGUUCUCAUCUUCAACGAUUUUGGGGCAAUUUUUUUUAGUUAAACCACAUCAUGGAGAAGGAUGGAACUGGUGCUGGUGUCAUUGACAUAGACAAGACCACGACGACAUUGGAACAGGAAAAACCUACUAGUGGUGGGCUCUAUGUUCCUGGCAAGGAUAGAGUGGUUUACGUGCCUCAGGAGAGAAAAUCGCGUUUAGGACUCGAUGCCCUUGCCAGCGCAAAACGGUCUCAACAUGAUGUGGGCUUCAAGGUGCCAAAAGAAAGAACCAUUUCCAUUGCAGCAUCUGCAGAGGAUGAAGAUAAGUCCGAGUCAUCUGUUUCUGAAGAAAGUGGGCAUGAUGGGAUUGUCAACAGACGCAGACACACUAAUAGGAGAUACCGUGAUACGACCAACGAAACAUCUCAUGCAGAAAGUUCUGUGACCGAAGAUCACUAUGGUGAUACCAACCGAACUCCUUUAACAGAGCACAAGGGUUCAGAUGUUCCUGCAUCGCCUUCUGGAUAUGACAGGGAGGAUCAUAGGAGUGAGAGGAGGCAUCGCAGGGAUGAUUCAAGAAGCGGUAGUGGAAGAGUGCGGCAUUGGGACUACUAUGAGAGUAGGGGAUCUUAUUCAGAAAGGGAUUCACAUAGUAGGUAUGACCGUGAGUAUGGCAAAAAGCGAAACAGAUAUGAAGGUUCCAGGAGAACGCCUGCAGGCAGGUCUGACUGGGACGAUGGCCGAUGGGAAUGGGGAGACACUCCACGAAGGGACAGUGUCUCUAGUUCUAGACGUCAUCAACCUUCACCAUCCCCAAUGUUUGUAGGUGCCUCACCUGAUGCACGAUUAGUUUCGCCAUGGUUGGGAGGCCACACUCCUCAUUCAUCCUUUACUUCAUCUUCUCCUUGGGACCAUGUUUCUCCGUCUCCUGUCCCAAUACGUGCUUCUGGAUCUUCGACCAAAUCUUCUGUCUCUAGACAUAAUGGAAGGUCACAUCAACUUAGUUUUUCAUCUGAAACUUCAAAUAGAUAUGAGGAUGAAGUGGCUGAUAAGUCUGACUUGGGUGAAGAACACAAGUAUGAGAUUACCGAAAGCAUGCGUUUAGAGAUGGAAUAUGAUGCUGACCGAGCAUGGUAUGAUAGAGAGGAAGGUAGCACAUUUGAUGGCGAUAACUCAUCACUUUUUCUUGGAGACGAAGCUUCCUUUCAGAAAAAAGAGGCUGAGUUGGCCAAAAGACUGGUCCGAAGAGAUGGGACCAAGAUGUCCCUUGCUCAGAGCAAGAAGUUGUCUCAGCUCACAGCUGAUAAUGCUCAAUGGGAGGAUCGGCAACUGCUGAGAUCAGGAGCUGUUAGAGGUACCGAGGUUCAGACUGAAUUUGACGAUGAGGAAGAACACAAAGUUAUUCUUCUUGUUCAUGAUACAAAGCCUCCUUUCCUUGAUGGCAGAGUUGUUUUUACUAAACAGGCAGAGCCAAUUAUGCCAUUAAAAGAUCCAACAUCUGACAUGGCUAUAAUAUCUCGCAAAGGAUCUACUCUUGUUAGAGAAAUCCAUGAGAAGCAGAGUAUGAACAAGUCUCGCCAACGCUUUUGGGAACUUGCAGGCUCAAAACUUGGUGAUAUCUUGGGUGUUGAAAAAACAGCAGAGCAGAUUGAUGCAGACACUGCUGAAGUGGGUGAAGAUGGUGAAAUUGAUUUUAAGGAGGAAGCUAAGUUUUCACAGCAUAUGAAGAAGGGAGAAGCCGUGAGUGACUUUGCUAAGUCAAAAACCCUUGCAGAGCAAAGGCAAUAUCUGCCUAUUUUUUCAGUGAGAGAAGAGUUAUUACAGGUGGUUCGUGAAAAUCAGGUGGUGGUGGUGGUUGGAGAAACCGGUUCAGGAAAGACAACACAAUUGACACAGUAUCUGCAUGAGGAUGGCUAUACUAUAGGUGGUAUAGUAGGCUGCACCCAACCAAGGCGUGUGGCAGCUAUGAGUGUUGCCAAGAGAGUUAGUGAAGAGAUGGAUACAGAGUUGGGUGAUAAAGUUGGCUAUGCUAUACGUUUUGAGGAUGUGACUGGGCCAAAGACCAUUAUAAAGUACAUGACUGAUGGGGUACUUCUACGUGAAACACUCAAAGACUCUGAUCUAGACAAGUAUCGGGUUAUUGUCAUGGAUGAAGCCCAUGAAAGAUCUUUAAGCACAGAUGUUCUUUUUGGAAUAUUGAAGAAAGUUGUAGCCCAACGUCGUGAUUUCAAACUGAUCGUCACAUCAGCAACUCUGAAUGCCCAGAAAUUUUCAAAUUUCUUUGGAAGUGUACCAAUUUUUCAUAUUCCCGGGCGAACAUUUCCUGUGAAUAUAUUAUGGAGUAAAACUCCAGUUGAAGAUUAUGUUGAAGGUGCAGUGAAGCAGACUAUGACUAUUCACAUAACCAGUCCUCCUGGUGACAUCCUUAUCUUCAUGACUGGCCAAGAUGAGAUUGAGGCAGCUUGCUAUGCCCUUGCUGAAAGAAUGGAGCAGAUGGUGUCAUCUUCCAAGAAAGCUGUCCCUAAACUCUUGAUUCUUCCCAUAUACUCUCAGCUUCCUGCUGACUUGCAAGCUAAGAUAUUCCAGAAAGCUGAAGAUGGAGCCCGUAAAUGCAUUGUGGCCACUAAUAUUGCCGAGACAUCAUUAACUGUUGAUGGUAUCUUCUAUGUCAUUGACUCUGGCUAUGGUAAAAUGAAGGUGUAUAACCCUAGGAUGGGCAUGGAUGCUCUCCAAGUCUUCCCUGUUAGUCGUGCUGCUGCUGACCAGCGUGCCGGUCGAGCUGGUAGAACUGGUCCUGGUACGUGCUAUCGGUUGUAUACUGAGAGUGCUUACCUAAAUGAAAUGUUGCCCAGUCCUGUUCCAGAGAUUCAGAGGACUAACCUUGGCAAUGUGGUUUUGUUGCUGAAAUCUCUUAAAGUUGAAAAUUUACUUGAUUUUGAUUUCAUGGAUCCACCUCCACAGGAUAAUAUUCUCAAUUCGAUGUACCAGUUGUGGGUGUUGGGUGCCCUUAACAAUGUGGGGGGGUUAACUGAUCUUGGGUGGAAAAUGGUUGAAUUUCCACUGGACCCUCCGCUGGCCAAGAUGCUUUUGAUGGGUGAACAAUUAGGGUGUCUUGAGGAGGUUUUGACAAUUGUUUCCAUGCUGUCAGUGCCAUCUGUUUUCUUUAGACCCAAGGACCGGGCGGAAGAGAGUGACGCUGCACGGGAAAGAUUUUUUGUGCCAGAGUCCGACCAUUUAACCUUGUACAACGUUUAUCAGCAAUGGAAACAACAUGAUUACAGAGGUGAUUGGUGCAAUGAUCAUUUUUUGCAUGUUAAAGGCCUAAGAAAGGCCAGAGAGGUUAGAUCCCAGCUGCUUGAUAUUCUCAAGACUUUAAAGAUCCCCUUAACCUCAUGUUGGCCGGAUACUGACAUUGUCAGGAAAGCAAUUUGUUCUGCAUACUUCCACAAUUCAGCAAGAUUAAAGGGUGUGGGGGAGUAUGUUAACUGCAGGAAUGGGAUGCCAUGUCAUCUUCAUCCCAGUAGUGCUCUCUAUGGUAUGGGUUGCACUCCUGAGUAUGUAGUUUAUCAUGAGUUAAUCCUGACCACAAAGGAGUACAUGCAGUGUGCAACAGCGGUGGAGCCCCAGUGGCUGGCUGAGCUGGGACCCAUGUUUUUCUCUGUUAAAGAUUCUGAUACAUCAUUACUGGAGCAUAAGAAGAGACAAAAACAAGAGAAAACAGCCAUGGAGGAGGAGAUGGAGAACUUGAAGAAGGUGCAAGCAGAGGUUGAGAAAGAAAGGAAACAGAAGGAGAAGGAAAAGAUGGCUAAGCAUCAGCAGCAAAUCUCCAUGCCAGGUUUAAGGAAGGGUUCUUCCACAUUCUUGAGGCCAAAGAAGUUUGGUUUGUAAAUUAUGUUGAUAAUACAGAGAAAUAUCAGCAGACUGUGAAAGAGAAGGCUGCAUUCUGAUUGUAAUGAGAUGUAAGAAAUAUUGGCAGACUAAGAAAGAGACGGCCGCAGAUUCCUUGGAUGGCGGCAGGACUGCCAGAACACACUAUUUACAUUAUGGAAAACAUUAUUCGAAAGACCUGAUAAACCUUUGCGAUUUUGGUGCUGGACUGCCAGAACACACUGUAUUUACAUUAUGGAAAACAAUAUUCGAAAGACCUGAUAUAUUAGUUUUGGUAAUAGCACUGAGCUCUUGGAAUAUUGUCGAUUGCUCUGCAAGUUUCUAGGGUUCAUAACUGCACAAAGCAGAAACUGUCCACAUGAAACAACUGGUUAUGUAUUCCUAUGGUGUGUGACCAUGUCUAGUAUUUACAACCUCAUCUUCCCACUUAUCAUUGUAAUUUAGUCAUUGUAAGCUCUUCAACUCCUAAGCAUCACGUUUUCCAUACACAAUGAGGUUUGAGUUUUAACUUCUAGACAUUAAGGAGGGGGGAGUGACUCUUUGUUUUUGCGAUUUUCAAGGCAGAAUUUGAACAAAUAAUACUAUUUUUGCCUUGCCUUUGUUUGUGUUUUUCUCAAUGUUAGGAAAAAGAAAGGGAGGUGAUUGGCUCAA